AUGGCGGUCGGUAAAAUCGGCCCAUUUGAUGUGUCGAAAGACAAUUGGGACACGUACGUGGAUCGUCUGGAUCAGUACUUUAUUGCCAAUAAUGUGAAAAUGAAACCAGCCACAAAAACCUAUGACGAACUGGUAGCGGUGAUGAAAGGACACUUAAAUCCUAAGCCGAGCAUGCUCGCUGAAAGAUUCAAAUUUCGUCAACGGAUUCAGAAACCAGGUGAAAAUGUAGCAACUUACUUCUCGGAACUCAAGAGAUUAAGCAAAGAUUGUUCUUUUACGGCGGAAAGUUUGAAGGAAAAUAUGAGGGACCAGUUUGUGUGUGGAUUAGUAAACGACGACAUCCGGCAAAAGUUGUUCACCGAAGAAGAUGGCAUCAGUAUCGACAAAGCGUACAGGUUGGCCUUAGCUAUGGAGGCGGCGGAGACGAACGCGGCGUUAGUGGAAGACGGUACGAGAAGAGGGAUCGGCGGCAGUGCAGCGGAGACGGCAUCUGUAACCGUGCAUAAAGUCGGGCAGGACGGCGGUAACGGAAAGCGCGGAGCGUUUAGAGGUGGCGGUGGCGGCUAUCGGCCGGCCGCAGGGCGGAACACUCGCUCGGCGCAUAACUCUCGGCGAUCAGGCAGCGGCGGUCCAACUAUUGCAAGCGGAGCUGAUUACAACUUGCCUCAAGCGGGCACUCAAAAGGAGGCAUGCAAUGUUUGCGGAGGCAAGCACGACGCGGACACAUGUAAAUUCAAAAAAUAUGUGUGUCGAGUUUGCAUGCAGGAGGGGCAUUUAAGGAGGAUGUGCCCAAAGCUGGGCAAGAAUAAUUUCGUGUACAAUUGGAGAGAGGGCGGUGCCUACAAGUCUUCGGAUAGCGAAAGUGACGAGGUAAUAGUACCCAUCCAUCGUUUAUCACUUCAGCAAUGUACACCUAUAUUAAUGUUGUUAAAUGUACACGGCUUAAAAUUGAAAAUGGAGUGUGAUACCGGUAGUGCAAUCUCGUGCAUUAAUUACCAACUGUAUAAAAAACAUUUUUCCAGUUUGCAUAUUAAACCGACAAAUUUGGUCCUAAGGUAUUACACGGGCGAACUGGUUAACCCAGUGGGUGUUAUAAGACCAUUGGUAGAGUAUAAUAAGAUUAAAAAAAUAUUGGAUCUGUAUGUUAUUGACAAGGGAAAUACAGUUUUGUUAGGUAGACAGUGGAUGGCAGAGCUCAAUAUAACAGUGUCAGCUUUGCAGUAUAAUACCGUUAAUAAUAAUGAGAAUUUAGAUCAGAGUUUUAAUUUCGCGGAAUUUAGUUCCAGAUACUGUGAGGUGUUUGCAGAUGGUUUGGGACGAUUCACGGGGGGUCGAGUCAGCAUCCACGUUCGAGAGGGGGCGCGGCCGGUGUUUAUGCGCGCACGGCCGCUGGCGUACGCACUACGCGAGCCGGUUGAGCGCGCGCUGGAGCAGCUGGUGCGCGACGACAUCCUCACUCCCGUCAGCCACUCAGACUGGGCUGCACCAAUCGUUCCGGUUGUGAAGAAAGAUGGGACGAUUAGAAUCUGUGCUGAUUUUAAACUAAGCUUAAACAAAGUUUUGGAGGUCGACCGUUAUCCGUUACCUAAGGUAGAAGAUCUUUUGUCUCGGUUGCACGGAGGCGAAAGGUUUAGUAAAGUCGAUUUGUCACAGGCGUACGCCCAAUUUGAGCUGGAUGAUACAAGGAAAUAUGCUGUUAUAAACACACACAAAGGGCUUUACAUGUACAAACGGCUAGUGUAUGGGUUGUCGUCGAGCCCAGGAGUAUUCCAGAGGCGGUUAGAGCAAUUGUUUGCUGAUAUACCACGUGUGGGAGUGUUUUUAGAUGAUAUUAUUAUAACAGGAAAAGACACACGGCAACACUUAGAUAAUCUACAUAAAGUUUUUGAACGCCUUAAGUCCAGUGGCUUAAAAGUAAGAAAAGAAAAAUGUUCGUUCUUUGUGGAGUCUCUUGAAUAUUUAGGGUAUGUUAUAAGUAAGGAAGGUGUUCACACAUGCAAAGAUAAAGUAGAAGCAAUUGUUAAAACGCCGAUACCAAGGAACGUAUCUGAGUUGAGGGCUUUCAUUGGAAUGGUUAUGUAUUACGGUAAAUUUAUAAAAAAUGUUAGUUCGAUUCUUACGCCGUUAUAUAAUUUGUUGCGUGCGGGGGUGAAGUACGAAUGGAGCGACGGGUGCGAGGAAGCCUUUGCGCGGGUUAAACGGGCGCUGAGCACGAGUGAAGUGCUUGUGCAUUACUCACUGGACCUGCCGCUGGUGUUGACGGCAGACGCGAGUGCCACAGGAAUCGGCGCCGUCAUCUCACACAUCACGCCGGAAGGCGAGCGGCCCAUCGCGUACGCGUCACGGACGCUUAAUUCCGCGGAAAGAUCGUAUGCGCAAAUAGACAGGGAGGCGUUAGCAAUUAUAUACGGGGUUAGGAAAUUCCAUCAGUACUUGUACGGUAGAAAGUUUACUUUAAGAACAGAUCAUAAACCCUUGACGUACAUUUUUGGUAAUAAAGUAGGUAUUCCGGUUAUGGCAGCGUCCAGAUUACAAAGGUGGGCAAUUAUAUUAUCGGGUUAUUCGUAUAAUAUAGAAUACGUGGCGUCCGCCAAAAACUGUGCCGACGCAUUGUCGCGUCUACCGACACCAUCAUCAGAUAAGAAUAAAAUCGGUUGUGAAUAUACCUAUUUAAAUUUUGCGGGAAGUUUUUUGCCAGUGACGAAUGAUGAUGUACGAGGAGCAACAGCGCGGGAUCGAGUGCUUAGCAGGGUGAUGGUUAGUGUGCAGUCGGGGUGGCCGUCGCAUUGCGCGGAUGAAGUGAUUAAACCGUACUUUAAUAGGCGACACGAAUUAUAUGUUGAACGCGGUUGUAUUAUGUGGGGUUACAGAGUGGUAAUUCCGCCCACUCUUAGGAACACAAUUCUGAAGGAGCUUCAUGUUAGUCAUAUGGGCAUAGUUAAGACCAAGUCGAUGGCUCGAAGUUUUGUAUGGUGGCCCAAUAUAGACACAGACAUCGAAUCAACGUGCCGCUCAUGCGAAACAUGUGCGAUGGAAGCAACUGCGCCGCCGCAGGCUGCUCCACGUAGUUGGCCAUAUAUAACCCAGCCGUGGAGUAGAUUACAUAUAGAUUUCCUAGGACCAUAUCGGGGAAAAACAUUUUUCGUAAUCAUCGAUUCCAGCACAAAGUGGAUUGAAGUUUUUGAGAUGAAUAAAACAAACGCCAAGGCGGUCGUUAAGGUUAUGAGGUCGUUAUUUGCUCGAUUCGGUUUGCCGUUGGAAAUAGUUUCAGACCAAGGGCCGCCAUUUACUAGUGCAGAGUUAGGGGAGUUCUUAAGAUUGAACGGCAUCAAGCAGUCAUUUUCGCCAGUAUAUCAUCCAGCAUCGAAUGGGGCAGCAGAAAAUGCUGUGAAGCUAUCAGCAGCAACAGCUAUCCCGAGGAUAUCGAACGCAAAGGUUGGCGAGGGGGCGGGGAGUGGUGAAGCAGGAAGCGAGGACUUAGUAGUGAGUGACGUACCGGAGGAAACAGCUAGUAAGACCUCGCCGGGCCGUGAUACGCCGCCGCUGGCAACUGAUAGCAAUGUUGCGAGCUCCGUGAGUCGUCCCACCCGCGUUCGCAGGAAACCAAUCAGAUAUGGGUUCGAGUUUGAUUAG